AUGCUAUCAGCGGCUUUGAGGUUUCGAUUUUGCAGUGGCUACACCUUCAUCCUCAAUAUGCACGAGAGCGUGCCGAAUCGAAGCUCCCUCGCUCGACUGAGACACUUGCUGCUAUGCUACCAUGUAAAUUUGAUGCUUAAAAAGCUUUGGCUACUUUUCAGAAGGCAGAAGCAGCGCACAAAAUACACUUUCAAUUCCUCUCUCGGGUGUAGGCGAUUUCCGGCGAUUUCGAUAGAUUUCCAACGUUUUCUCCAUAAGUUCCGAAAUCAUGCAAGUAUUUGUGAGUUUGUAUUGGGGUGGUAGAGUAGUUCAACUACAAC